UUUCACCGUAAACAUCAUCAACAAUGAAUAAGAAUAUAACUAAACUACCUGUACUGAGUUGGUGGCGCGAAAACAGAACCUUAUCUGAAAAUCUGAGGGUGUUGGAACUUUACUGUGAAAAGGGAUGUCAGCAGUUACAGUAAACGGCGUUGCUGCAUUAUUUCUCAGCAGCAACCACCUUCAUCGCAGCAACAGUUGUUCUGCUAACACCAAUCAAUACAACUCCUUCACCAACAAACGCCGCAUAAUCAUCACUUGCUCCUCUUCUACUGCUAAUGCUCUUCCUUCUGUUGAUUUUAACCCUCUUCAAUCCGCUCUUGAAAAGAAUGACAGUGAUGCUGUCAAGGACGCACUUGAUCAGUUAAGCGAAGUUGGUUGGGCCAAAAGGUGGAGUUCACAGCCAUAUAUCUCUCGUCGUACUACAUCAAUUCGGGAGCUGACAACUCUUGGAAUCAAGAAUGCUGAGAAUCUUGCUAUACCAAGCGUCAGAAAUGAUGCAGCUUUUCUAGCUACGGUGGUUGGCACAACAGGAUUUGUGGCUGUUCUUGCUGGCCAGCUUCCAGGGGACUGGGGCUUCUUCGUGCCAUACUUGGUUGGAAGCAUCUCUUUAGUGGUUUUGGCUGUGGGUAGCGUUGCACCUGGGCUUCUCCAGGCAGCCAUUGGUGGAUUCUCUGUGGUUUUCCCUGAUUAUCAAGAGCGGAUUUCUAGGCAUGAAGCGGCUCAUUUUCUAGUUGCAUAUUUGCUUGGCCUACCAAUUUUGAGUUAUUCCCUGGAUAUUGGUAAAGAGCAUGUGAACCUCGUCAAUGACAAGUUGGAGAAGCUUAUAUACAGUGGACAGCUUGAUUCUAAGGAACUUGACAGGUUGGCUGUUGUGUCAAUGGCUGGGCUGGCUGCCGAAGGGCUAACAUACGACAAGGUUAUUGGUCAAUCUGCAGAUCUUUUCAGUCUACAGAGAUUUAUAAAUAGGAGUACACCACAAAUCAGCAAGGACCAGCAACAGAACCUAACUAGAUGGGCUGUUUUGUUUGCAGCAUCUCUCUUGAAGAACAAUAAAGCGGCUCAUGAAGCUCUGAUGGCUGAAAUGUCAAAGAAAGCAUCUGUAAUCGAUUGCAUCAAAGCAAUUGAAACAGCCUCAUAAAUUCAAGAAAAACAGUCUCACAAAAAAAAAAAAAAAAAAUUCACAGAUUUUUUGGUACAAAGUUUAAACAGCUCAAGUCUAAUAUGAUAACAUAGAGUAAUCUAUAAUUGUAAUACUGUAUUAUAUAUUGACGAGAAUCUGAGAAAGACUGGAUGAUUACAAAUUACACUUGCUUCAAAUUUGCUGAUAAGCUCCAACUUUAAAUUGUAUUUUGUAACAGAAAAGGUGCAAUUUGUGCUCGUCCCCAUA